CAAAUGCAUGCUGUGAUGAAUCACCAGGGAUGAACAAAUGCAUGCUGUGAUGAAUCACCAGGGAUGAACAAAUGCAUGCUGUGAUGAAUCACCAGGGAUGAACAAAUGCAUGCUGUGAGGAAUCACCUGGGAUGAACAAAUGCAUGCUGUGAUGAAUCACCAGGGAUGAACAAAUGCAUGCUGUGAUGAAUCACCAGGGAUGAACAAAUGCAUGCUGUGAUGAAUCACCAGGGAUGAACAAAUGCAUGCUGUGAUGAAUCACCAGGGAUGAACAAAUGCAUGCUGUGAUGAAUCACCAGGGAUGAACAAAUGCAUGCUGUGAUGAAUCACCAGGGAUGAACAAAUGCAUGCUGUGAUGAAUCACCAGGGAUGAACAAAUGCAUGCUGUGAUGAAUCACCAGGGAUGAACAAAUGCAUGCUGUGAUGGAUCACCUGGGAUGAUCAAAUGCAUGCUGUGAUGGAUCACCAGGGAUGAACAAAUGUAUGCUGUAAUGGAUCACCUGGGAUGAACAAAUGUAUGCUGUAAUGGAUCACCUGGGAUGAUCAAAUGCAUGCUGUAAUGAAUCACCUGGGAUGAACAAAUGCAUGCUGUAAUGGAUCACCUGGGAUACUUGUCUAGAAUCUCUUGAAACUUAAGGCUCUAGGAAAUUAUAAUAAUUAUAAGAAGAAUUACAAUAUUAGAGCAAAGGUUUAUUUUAGCUCCUAUUAUUAAAAAUGUAAGUUUCCCUUUCAGACCAUGAUGUCUAUAGUGCAAAUGAUGUAAAGGUCAUCUGUUUCUGUGGCCUAUGGUUAGCUAAAGUCAUGUGAACAGCACAAUAGCCAUCAUUACUUUUCCCCAACUAAUGUCAGGUACCCAUUAGAUCUGGGUUGACUAAGAGGGGCCUUAAAGAUCCGAUCCUGAAAGUAAAAAUUUCAGUCUUCUAGGAUUCGAACCUGGGACCUGUGCUCAUAAACCAAGUGCUUUACCACUCCCCACUGUGCCUCUCAUAUUAUUAGUUAGGCUAUAAAAAUUUCUUCAUUGGAACUGAAAACUUGGUGAUUCAAAGAUAUAACUAUACUUGUUUACUUGUUUAAUUAGUUAAUUAAAGUGUUUCAAUUUCACUUUGUUUAUUAUCUUCUGUAGAUUAUUCAUUAUUGAGUAGGUCUAUUUAGAGAAAAAAUCCACUAGAUUCAACCAAUUCAGUGAAGCAUUUCAUGACACUUUAAGCUAUUAUACAAAUCAACUUACUUGCACCUGGUUAGAAACAGAAGUAGGCCACCAAUUUCCUUCAUAUUGCAUGAAGGGCUAAGGAUUCUUGGCCAAGGCAUAAUAUUUUAAUCAUGAUGAUAUGAAGGAUUUGAACACAGUCAUGAUUGCCUUUAUAUGUGGACAAAUAAGCCUAUACAGUAUUUCCAAGAAUGAGAACUUUGCAGGCCUCUUAGAGACCACUGGGACAUUGUUCUGGGCUGCCUUUGGUAUGGGGAACUCUCAGGCACCAGCUAUUAAAGAAGAAACAAAUAGCAGUCAGGUUAAUGGUGACUCAGAGAUAAGAGACAGUGUGCUGCUGAAAGUCAUUGAGGUGGUUGGCUACGUUUUGUAUGGAGUUUACAUUCUUGAUGCUGUCAUGGUCCUGAUCAACUUGUUCAUUGCUAUGAUGAAUUUGAAGACAUUUAGAAUGUCCAAAAGAUUAGUCAGCUAAGGAGCCUAAAAUGUUAGCCUGUUUACAAAUAUGAGAUCUUCCUUGACUACACAAGUACCUUACAAAAGAAGGCUACUCACUUGUGUUUGGAUAUGUCAGCUGUUUUGUCCCUGUGGCCCUUUUCAAGCAUGACAGAUACUAUUCUAAGCAGCUUUUUUCUCUGGAAAUAUUUCAACCACGGAAGCUGUGAGGGAUAUCUGAAAUCCAUUGCUUACUUGUCUAGAAAGACUUCCAUCGAUUGAGUGAUAAAAGAUUAAGUUUACACAACUUUUAGUAGUCACCACAUAACACUUAACAUUUUGAUGCUCAAGACAAUACUGUUCAUGAAUGGUUUAUUUUUCUUUAUGCUGAAAGUGUCCAAGAAAGAUAAGGUCAAAGGUUAAUUGGACAAACAAUAAACUUUGUCUUUGAAUCUGAAAUUGUAGAACUUGUAGAGAAAAAAAACAACUUAGUGUUGUUGUUAAUUUACCAGGUACCUACUAUUCAUUUACUUUGACUGUUGACUUUAAGUUAGAAAUUAAGGAAAGAUUUCUUUGAGCUAUAUUUGUCAAUGACCAUAGGCAUUAAGAGAGUUGACACCUCAUUUUACUUUUCAACAAGAUGAUGUCUUAAAAAAAUUAAGAGCUUUUGAUGGAAUUCUGUGGUUGAAUAACAUAAGGAAUAAUCACAGGAUUCCAUCAAAAUCAUUGCAAUUUGAACAUUGUUGGUAGUGUCAAUGUUAUUAAGUUUUUUAGUUCUUGGUGUUACUACAUUAUUCAUUUUCUAGUGACCAGGCAGUGUUUUAUACCAUGAAUGAAUAUGUUGUAAGAGGUUUAAGGUAUACCACUCAAUCAAUAAUAUCUUUGACAAUAAAAUAUUUUGAUCAAGUUUAUAUUUUUGGAACAGAAUAUGCUAAUGUGUUAAAUGUACAUUUUUCUUUUUUUUAUGGAAUAACAACUGAUAUUUAGUUUUAUCCCUUUGUAUCUUUCUACAGUAGAUGCACUGUCGUACUACAUAGAAAUUUAAAAAAAUUAUAAUAACUUCUAAUCAAAUUGUCUCAUUUUUAAAAUCAAAUAUCUAAAUGAAUCAUGCUACUUUGAUUCUACACAAUCUACAGGACUACCAAUGUACAUUAGUUUUGAACAAAAAGUUGCUAACUUUAAAUAAUUGAUUAACUCAUUUUUAUGUAUACC